AUGGAUUUUGCUCCGGCAUUCCGUACACCCGUCAUGGACUUGACAGGGUGUCUUAUCAAUGCUCAGCAAUCGCAUAGAUGUAAAGAUUACGAGCUGCAUUUUUACGAAUGCAUGGAAGCUUAUGGAAUACCAAAGGGCUACAAAAAGUGUUCCGACAUGUUCGAGGAUUACCACGAGUGCUUAACACUUGGUAAGCAAAAGGCACGUGUCCAAGCCAUCGCACAAGAGCAGGCUCGCCAAUACAAGGAAGGAAUUAUUCCGAAACCGUAUGCUGAUCCCCCCAAAAGAGACAGCUAUUGA